ACUCUACUCACUAUUCUCAUUUUCUGUCGCGACGUUCUAGUUGCCUGCGUCUGUAGCCAAUAAGGGAACGGUUAAGAUUAUCACGUUCAGCGAGACAGGUGUCCAUGAACCUUUGUGCGUAAUUUUGGACCAGUUUUACGGUUACAUCGGUUAUUUAUAAUAUGAGCGCAUGAAAGUAAGACAUGUUCUAAAGGGAAAAUAAUAAAGCCUAGCCUACCUCAAGGUGGCCCUGCAGUUCACACGUUCGGGAAAUUAUAAUUGGGGCAUGCAAUUGACUGUUUAUACAUAGCAGAGUUCGGAUAAACCGAGGCACGGAAGUAGCCCAUAACAACCUUUUCUUGGACAAAGAGCGGAGGAUUGUCUUAAUUUUUAGGAUACCAUCUCCAUAUCAUUUAUUCUUCAUGUAAGGAGCUGUAGAGUCGAAGAAGAUUUCUGUCACGAAGAUUUGCAGAUAUAAGAUAUAAUUUCAUCUGUUUCUCCCACUGCGGUGAGUGAACAUUUGGACGAACGCUUGCAUUAUUUGCGCCUUGUUUUUAUUGCACGGCAAGUUCGGGGACAUAUGCUACCUUUACCUGACAGCUUCUGACAUCGCAACCCACAGAGUAUCUCGUAUUUGGUGAGCAUUCUACAGAAGUCGGAGCCUGGCUCCCAUAGAAGCUUCCCACUGCAAAGCUCAUCAUCUGCCACUUCAAACACCACAAGCCACAAGAGGGACGAUCCUGCCUUUGGCAUUUCAGAAGACGCUGAUCAAAGACAGAGAAACUGUGCUCCAGGAAGAGGGGGAGGACCAAGUCGGACGACCCAGAUGACUCCUGUUUCCCCAAAGUCCACAUGACCGACGAGCACAUGAGCGACUGCUGACACGUCGUUUUCUUCUCUCUCUCGACGAUGUUUCGGCCACUUUGUUGACCCCUUCGCGUAGUCGUGGUCCUCUGGCACAGCACUUGCGACAGCUAAGACCAGCAGGCACCACUGAGGGCAGAUGGCUCGUCCAGGUUCUGGGGUGCUGGUGUCGGUCAACGGGCUCGGGUACCCCCCUCAGAACCUGGCCAGAGUGGUGGUCUGGGAGUGGCUGAACGAACAUGGACGCUGGAGGCCGUACAGCGCGGCUGUGUGCCAUCACAUUGAGAACGUGCUGAAGGGGGACGCCAGGGGGACGGUGGUGCUGGGACAGGUGGACGCCCAACUCGCCCCGUACCUCAUCGACCUGCAGUCCAUGCACCAGUUCAGACAGGACACAGGCACCAUGCGCCCGGUCCACAGGAACUUCUACGAGCCGUCGUCGGCGCCGGGGAAGGGCGUGGUGUGGGAGUGGGAGAACGACAGCGGCUCCUGGACGGCGUACGACAUGGAGAUCUGCGUGACGAUCCAGAACGCAUACGAGAAGCAGCACCCGUGGCUGGACCUCAGCUCGCUGGGGUUCUGCUACCUCGUCGACUUCAACUGCAUGGCUCAGACCAACCGGCAGAGCCAGCGCAAACGCCGGCUACGCCGCCGCAUGGACCUGGCCUACCCCCUCAUCAUGGGCUCCAUCCCCAAGUCCCAGUCGUGGCCGGUCGGCGCCAGCUCCGGACAGCCCUGCUCCUGCCAGCAGUGCAUCCUGGUCAACAGCACGCGGGCCGCCUCCAACGCCAUCCUGGCGUCCCAGCGCCGCAAGCUGUACGGGGGGGCGCCGGGGGUGCCGGGGGCCGCGGCGGGGACACUCACCGUGGUGCGGCAGAGCAACACCUUCGCGGGGACGUCCCUCUGGGCCCCGUCGUCCGGGGCGGGGAGCAACAACAACAACAUCAGCGUGGGAGGAGGCCACGCCAAGCCUGAGCAGGUGCCGUCGCCCGUGUCCAGCGCCAACUUCCCUUGCUCCCCCGCGCUGCCCUCCCUUCCGCAUGCCCACGCCCACGCCCACACCAUCAACGGACAGAACAACCUGAACAGACCGGGCACUCAGCGCAUUUCCAUGGGCUCAGCCAGAGGAGCUAUCCCGCCUGGGGUUCCUGCUCUCCCUGUGAAGAACCUGACGGGCUCUGGACCUGUUCACCCUGCACUAGCUGGCAUGACCGGUAUCCUGAUGUGUGCGGCAGGGCUUCCCGUGUGCCUAACCAGGGCUCCUAAACCCAUCCUGCACCCACCGCCCAUCAACAAGAGCGACAUGAAGCCUGUACCAGGGGUGAACGGCAUCUGCCGCAAGACCAAGAAGAAACACCUGCGGAGAGGAAAAAACCCUGAGGAGGUGGUGCGGAGAUACACGGAGAAGAUAAAAGUAGUCCCAGAUGAGGACUGUACCAUCUGCAUGGAGAGGCUGGUGAUGUCAUCGGGCUAUGAGGGGGUCCUGCAGCACAAAGGCAUCAAGCCAGAGCUGGUGGGCAAGCUUGGCAAGUGUGGCCACAUGUACCAUCUGCUGUGCCUGGUGGCCAUGUACAACAAUGGCAAUAAGGACGGCAGCCUGCAGUGCCCCACGUGUAAGGCCAUCUACGGGGAGAAGACGGGCACCCAGCCCCCUGGGAAGAUGGAGUACCACGUCAUCCCCCACUGCCUGCCCGGCUACCCAGAGGCUAAGACCAUCCGCAUCGUCUACGACAUUCCUGCAGGCAUCCAGACCACAGAGCACCCCAGCCCAGGGAAGAAGUUCAGUGCCCGAGGUUUUCCACGCCACUGCUACCUUCCCGACAACGACAAAGGCCGGAGGGUCCUGAAGCUCCUGAUCAGAGCGUGGGACCGCCGCCUCAUCUUCACCAUCGGCACGUCCAGCACCACGGGGGAACAGGACACGGUGGUGUGGAACGAGAUCCACCACAAGACCGAGUUUGGCUCCAACCUGACAGGCCACGGCUACCCCGACCCCAAGUACCUGGACAACGUGCUGACGGAGCUCUCCGCCCAGGGCGUGGGAGAGGACAACCUGAAGGACUGAGGGGCGGCGUGGGGAGAGUCGCCCCCGAGGAGCAUCCAUAACCCCCUUCUCCCUCCCAGCGAGGGGCUGGCCGUCUGCAUGAAGGGUCGUCAUCCAACAGGGAACGGUCUCUAACUCCCAAACACCCAAACCAAACAGAUGUGUUGGCAUACGACCAAAAGAUAAACAGCCAGUGACACGGUUGUGAUCAUUGUCAUGGUUCAGUAAUACUGUUUUUGCAUAUACCCAAAUAUGGUAACACUUGGUCAGCUGCUGUCUCUUUGUCCAUGCCUUGAGGAUUUUUAUGAUUGCCAGAUUGAUCUGAUAGGAUAAAGGAAAUUGUUUAAAAAAAAAUUGAUUUAAUUGAAAUGUGUUGAGAUGGAAUUUGAUGAGGAGCGUAGGCCAAUGAAGGAGAUGUAUUUGAGAAUGCUUUUUGAAAUAUUUGACAGUCACAUGUUUUGGAGUGACAUGUUGACCUAAAUGUUGGAUUUGAAUGUUGACAGCGUAUCUGUCAUUUUUAAGACAGUUGGUUUGGGCUCCUGAAACCUUAUCUAAGUUUAGUUUAUGGAAUGUUCAUCUAAAAGAUUAGGAAAUGGUGUUGUCUUUUGUGGUUGGUCAUUGUUUAGAAAACUUCAGGAAAUUGUCAAUAUGCAGAAUGUAUUUACAUUUUAAAUAGUUGGCUUUUGCCGAGUUUAGAUUCUCAAAUUCACACCAAUCCAAACCAGGUCUUUGUUGUGGUUGUUCAAGGAUUUGGUUGUAUUUUCCUUUUUUUAAAGGAGAGGCCUUUUGGUUUAUGAUUUAAUACAUCUUAACAUGCUGUACUUCAAAGGCCACCCUGAGGAGCGAACGGCCACCUCCGAUUGGCUCUCCCCAAAGCAAGCAGACAGCUGGCGUUCCGCCAGGCUGUCAAACCAAGGCUUCAACUGCAUGAUCCUGACUGAGAAAUACAGAUGAGAUAUGGUGGCUCGCCGUGAACGUUUAUUUUCAUGUGGUACCUUGAAAAGUAUCGUUCAAAGCCGGGCGUGAAAUAGGUUAAGCAAGCGUCUCACCAGCCAGUCAGAUGCUUGUUAAAAACUUGGGGAGAAUGUUAACGCUGAGGCAAGCAGACAGGACUCGUAACACGGCAAGGUGAAACACAUUUGUUUUGUUGACACACUGAUGAUGCUGACCUCUCGGAAGAAAGCCUGCCUUAUUAGCCUCCCUGUGGAGGAGGCUGGGACGCUGGCAUGAUCCAUCACACUCCCUACACGUGUGUGAGUGUGUGUGUGUGUGCCCCCACUGUAGCGUGAAUAAGCUCUGCCUUAGUCCUUGAGCGGAGAAACCAAACAUGUUUCUCAGUUGAGCAUCCACGGUCCUCCUUUGAGAGCGAGUGUCUCCUAAGAGAUCCAUGAUGGACAGACUUGCCCUCGCGGACAGUCCUUUGAUCCAGGAUCCCUGGGCAGGCCGCUAGGUGUGAUUCUGAGGUAUAAGCCCUCGCCCAGUGCCCCCUACGUUCCCCCUCAGCCAAUCAGCAGUUUGCUGGCCUGAGAGAGCUGGGUUUGUUGUCGACAAAGUACAGGAUGCGGAUGAUGUUGCUCUGGGAACAGUGGCUCCUUUCUGCUCUCUCCUCCGACAGGAUCCGAUCAGACCAGAGGCUCGUUAGUUUACCCGUUUUCGAUGGUCCUGGUUGGACGGUAUAUCUUACGACGUUGCUUGUCCUGUGUCGUGUGCAGUUUGUGAUGCAGCUUAAUUCUCUUCUCUGGAUAUUGUACAUUUUCGUGGGCGAAGGUGUUGCUGGUAAUCCUGAAGGGGUUGGUGUUGAGGUUUGUUGAACAGAUGCCCACCUCUGUGGGAUCGAUCUUUCGGAUGCUUUUGAAAACUUUGGACUGAAUCCUGGUCUUCCGUAGCACUUUGAGGCAGCAGUUUUCUUUAAUCAAUCCUUUCAUUUUAGGAAGAUGUCUUUAAUUGUAUUGGCUACAAUAUCUGCAGUUUUUUAUGUUGAUGUUUAUAAACUGUCUUGUAUCGCUUUAAAAUAUACUAUAUACACAUUUGCAGAUGUGAGAAACCUUUAAAUUUAAGCUCAUUUUGAGUCAUAUGGUGUAAGUUUAAUUUAUUUUUAUACUCUUCUAUAUAAGGAAAAUAUAAACACUCUCUACUUGCCCACAUAUCUAUAAACACAGGCACAUGAUAAACAUGAAAUACAUCAAAUCUGGCAAAGAAACAUUUGCCAGGAUGUCAGGGACUGUUGAAAUACGUAUGACAUGUUAUGAAGGUCUUAUAUUACCAGUAGUCUUAUUGUUGCAGAUGUUGUUACCUUGAUGUAGAACUUGUGUAGUUGACCCCCUGAAAGGGAUUCCAGUAAGUACAGUGAGUGUCUCUUUUUCAUUGGCUGGGGGGGCAUUUAACAGCAUGAUGUUGGCCAAACCCUAGGUGGAGAUCCUGUGAACCUGAAGGGGGAAACCACCCAGUCGUUUCUGUCCUAUUCUAAGCUUGUGAGAGUCAAACAAAGGUCAUUCAGCCUGCUCCAUUUGAAUGUUUACUUUCUAUUUUCGAGCUUUUUGUCGUCGCUCUCUUGAAUGGGAAUUUAGGAAAGAAAUGCUUCCAGUCUUUAUCAGGGAUAUUUUCUCCAUUUUAAGUGAGGCAUAUUGAAUUGUACAAAUACAGCUUGCUUGAUCAAUCUUUUUUCCCCCCUAUUUGUCUUACGUAUUCAAAAUGUUGUGUGUCAGUGAUAGGAAUAGAAUACUACAGGAUGCAAAACAUCUUGGCUUUUCAGGUGUGUACUUUCAGGAGAGUUUCAGAAGGACACAAGGGGUUGGUGUCUGUUUUUUGGAGAGAACAAAAAAAGGACUGGAGUUUAUGCAAUUAUAUAUCAGAGUAAACUAAUAGAUACUUGUGUGUAGCAAGAAAGGUCCGUUGGGGAUGGGAGUGUUGGUGUGUGGUUUUGUGUGAGGUGUCUACCUCACAGUUAUGACCAAGGGGAAACACAAAUCCAUUGGCUUUAUCUACAGAAGACAUAUUUUGGGUGUCUAUUCUGUUUGGGUUCGACCAAACAUUCACAUAACAUUGAUAUAUUAUGAUAAUCAAGAAUACAAUACUUUCCAUAUUUUACACACUGUAUUUUUUUAAGCUGAGGGACACGAGGUGACUUGUAAAGUUGCAAGGUGUCUUUUCCCGGUCAAAACAAACUUAACAGUAAUGCGUUUAAGCUACAUCACAUAUUAAACUAAUUUGUCUACUCUGCUCCAACAUUUUCUGUGUUUAUGUUUAGUUUGAGGAUGCGUUUGUGUCUCAAUGGGACCAUUUGUCUACUUUGCAGAAACGACUGCUUGAGAGAUUUAGACUUUCAUUCACUAACGACACGAUAACAUCUUCAAUGAAGUGCAUAUUUAGCAAGAUGUCGAACCGUGCUGUAAACAAGAUUGCUGACGAUACAAAAUGCAAAACGCGGUGUGUGGCUAUGUUAUGGAGUCAAUAGGAAUGGCAUCCAGGUGUUUCCUGGUUUUACUGUCACUGUGGACAUGUUUUCACUCCUGAUGGAGAGAAGUUGGAUUAGAGGGAUGAGAGUGAGACAGCGCUUGGCUGCUUUUCCAUCUCCUCAAGUUUCGUUCUUUGAAUACAUGCUAUCUUUUACAUUUUAACUGCCAUUCUUUCCACUGGCAAACGUGUCAAGUCAUGUGGCCAUUUUAAACUUCCAUUUUCUCUUCAUAAGCAUACAUAUUGCUCUUUUAAAAAAUGUUUCACAAAGAGAAAUGGAGGCAAACAGAUUAUAAACUAAAGGAAAUUAUAUGGAGAGAUAUUGUUAAAACUAUAAAGGGCUUCUUAAUCUAUCAGUCUUUAUUGAAUUGUGAUGACCUUGUUGCAUGUUUGUGUGUUUCCUGUGAACAAUAAAUGUACCCUUAACUGGGUGUCUGUUUGACCUUG